AUGGUUAAUAAUGUAUUUGACGAAUUUUCUCAAUCACAUUAUAGUCGAAAGAUUCUUCAAACUGAUUCUUCAUCAUCAUCAUCAUUUGAUAUUUCUCAACCAUCAUUCAUAGCUCUAUUAUGUAUUAUUUCAAUUCUUACAUUUGUUUUUAUAAUAAUCGUUAUUAUAUUUUGUUAUCGACAUUAUUCUCAUCAAGGACGGAUAUUCAAAUGUCGACAUAAACAUGAUAAUAAAUACAAAAACACGUUAUCUAUACAAAAUAAUCAACAAUCGAUUAUACCAAUAUCAAUAACACCAAUAUCGGCAUAUUCUGUUCGAUCAACUGAACAUUUAUUUUCAAAUUAUUAUGAACAUGAUCAAACUUCAUCAAUUGAUAGAUUACCAUCACGUCGUUUGCAACAAUCAAUAAUAGAUGCUUAUUUAAAUGAUUUAAAUUCAUUUCAAACAUCAAAACUUGAUGUUAAUCAAUUAAAAUCAUAUUUAUUUAUUGAUCUUCAUUCAACAUCAAGUGAAACAUCUCCAGAUAAUAUUUCUAAAAUAUUUAGUAAUAAUAAUAAUACUUAUGAUAAAUCAAUUGAAAAUGAAAAUCAAAGAAAAUAUCAUGAGUAUCUUAAACAACAACGACGUCGAUCAACAUUAAAAUUAAAACAAUCAUAUAAUUCUCGUUUUAUUAUGCGUGAACGAUCUUUACCAAAUAAUCUUCAUCAACUUCCACAACUUCGUCAAAUAAAUAUACAACAACAACAACAACAACAAAAAAAAAAUUUAUUUCAAAAAAAUAAUAAUAAUAAUAAUAUUAGAACUAUUAUUAAUCAAGAUCUUCAAUCAAAUAUAACUGAUGAUUAUGAUAGUAGUCAUGCUUAUCAUGUUAAUCAAAAUCAUAUAAUGCAAACAAUCAAUGAAGAAAAACCUUCUAUGAUUCCACAAAAUUUUCCUCAUUCAUCUGUAUCACCUUUUCGUCUUCAUUAUGAUCAAGAACCAUAUUUAUAUGAAAAAGUUUCAACUUCACAUGGUGAUGAUAGUGAUAUUGAAAUACCGUAUCAAUCUUUUCCUAUUCUACGUAACGGAAUUAUCUAUACAAAUGAUUCAAUUAUUGUAUAA